UGAUGUUCCAGAAUGGAGUGGUCAACAUGGAUGGUAUCAACAAGGACCACCACCUCGCCAAUUGCACGGAAGUGGCUUUCCACCAGGACAGUCCCAGAAAGGAUGGAGUAGUCACCAAGGAUGGUAUCAACAAGAACCACCACCUCCCCACAUGCACGGAAGUGGCUUUAAUCAAAUGCAAAACUUUCCACCAGGACAGUCACAGAGAGAAUGGAGCAGUCAGCAACCAUCUUAUCAACAAGGACCACCACUUCCCCACAUGCAAGGAAGUGGCUUUCCACCAGGACAGUCCCAGAAAGACUGGAGCAGUCAACAUGGAUGGUAUCAACAAGACCCACCACCCCCAUACAUGACGUUUCCACCAGGACAGUCGCAGAAAGGUGCAGAAGCUAUAAACCCAACUGUGUCAUCAGAUGAUUCUACUGAGAAAGCAGAGAUUACACCUUCAGAAGGUGCAGAAGCUAUAAACCCAACUGUGUCAUCAGAUGAUUCUACUGAGAAAGCAGAGAUUACACCUUCAGAAGAACUACGUAUACUCAUGGUGGGUCAUACUGGUCAUGGCAAAAGUGCAACUGGUAAUUCACUGCUUGGAAGGGAAGGAUUCAAAGCUGGACGGAAACAUACAUCUGUAACUAAAACAUGCCAUAGAGAGGUGGCACGGCGCUACAAUAUAAAAUUGGAUAUAAUAGAUACCCCUGGCUUUUUUGAUACAACACAUGAUGAUAGCUUCGUCUAUAAAGAACUAUCAAGAUGUGUUGGCCUGACAAUUCCUGGCUUCAAUGCGAUAUUCUUCGUACUGCGUCCUGAAAGAUUUUCUGCUGAGAUAGUAAAAACUGUUGAAAUUUUCUUCAAAUUCUUUGGAGAUAAUGUUGAUGAUUAUGCCUUUGUCAUCUUAACGUACACUAAAAAUAACAAACAAAAGGAAGAGUAUAUAGGAAAUAUUGAUGAUAAUGAAGAGCAAAGUCACGUACAGUUAAAAGAACUCUGUAAACGCUGCAAAUACAAGAUUUUCUAUAUUGAAAAUGAAUCCAAAAAGAAGGAGAACAUGGUUAAAGAAAUUUUGGAAGGAGUACUAGAAGCCAAUAAAAAACUUCCUCAGCCAUACUUCAGCAAUCAUAUUACUAAGAAAGUUGAAGAAGCUGCUAUGGCUUUCAACAAGGAACAUGGGUUUGGAAGUGAUUCCUCUGAUAUAGACGAUGCACACACUGAUAUAGCACUAAGUAAAACAACUGGCACUACACCUACUAGGAAAAAUAGGAGGAAAAGAAAGUCCAAGUAUGCUAGUUCUGAUCCAACAGGAGAGGCAAAGGAAGAAUGUACUUAUAGAUCAAGAUACACAUCAUUGAAGUACUGGUUGAAAACAGAUGACAAAAAAAAUGUGACUGACGAAGAAAACGCCAAAGCAACUGAAGCAGAACAAAGUUCUCAAUACUCUGGUAGCUCAUACACAGACAGUGAGGGUGGAUCACGUUCUAAAGUACUUCUACGGACACAAUACAGCACCAACAGUUCAGAACGAUAUGAUCAAUAUAAACAUGCAGUUGAAACUGACCCAGAAGUGGAACAAUCCCUAACAAAAACUGUUACUGAGGCAGCUGGCGCUGUGCUUGGCUUUAUAGUUGGAGUCGCAGUCGGAAUAUUUUCAUGGUUUAGUUAAGAUGUGUUUCCAUUUAAAUGCGAACAUUAUCUUAUCAAAAUGGGAAGUAAUUAACUGUAAAAUAUACUGGAAAGGAAUUAGGCA